GAGAGAGAGAGAGACGCUGCGUGGACGCGACAGAGCCUGGAUAGAAACACAGAAACGCGAGCUGUUGUUUUGUGAUGCGAGACUGUAAGAUUGGACCGUUUGAAGCUCACGAGCAACAUUAGAGACGGAGGAUGGAGGAAAAGCUGCCUGAAGAUCUGGCGAAUCUCUCCGAGCUGGACGAGAAAAGUUUGCUGGAGGUUUUGACUGGACGCUUUACACAGAACCUCAUCUAUACCUAUAUAGGGGACAUCUUGGUGGCUAUUAACCCAUUUAAAUAUCUUUCAAUUUAUGAAAAAGAGGUAUCCGAGCAGUACAAGUGCCAUGAGAAGAAGUCUUUGCCCCCUCAUAUAUGUGCUGUGGCGGACCGGGCGUAUCAGUCCAUGCUGGGACGUCUGGCCACGGGACCCAAGAACCAGUGUAUCGUGAUCAGUGGUGAGAGUGGCGCGGGUAAAACCGAGAGCACCAAACUGCUGCUGAGACACAUCAUGGAGCUGUGCAAGGCCAACUCACAGCUAGAGCAGCAGAUCCUGCAGGUGAAUCCACUUCUCGAGGCCUUUGGAAACGCUCAGACGGUCAUGAAUGACAAUAGCAGUCGCUUCGGGAAAUACAUCCAGCUCCGCUUCCAGAACUCUUCAGUAAAAGGGGCCAAAAUCAAUGAGUACCUCCUGGAGAAAUCCCGUGUGGUUCAUCAGGACGAGGGUGAGCAGAACUUCCAUAUCUUCUACUUCAUGUUGGCCGGCAUCUCCACGGAGGAUAAAGAGAUAUACGGCCUCCUGGACCCCACGCGCUACCGUUAUUUGAAUGGGAGGUUUGGGAAGGAAGACAUGGUUCAGGCCUGGCGUUUGAAAUAUGCUGAAGUGUGGAACGCCAUGGACAUGGUGGGAUUUGAGGAGCAGGAAAAGGUGGACAUGAUGACUAUUCUAGCUGGCAUUCUGUCUUUGGGGAACAUCGCCUUUGAGACAACAGACAGUGAUGCUCUGAAGGUGUCCGAGGCAUCACGUGGCUGGUUAAAAGCUACAGCGGGUCAGUUUGGCGUCCAGGAAGAGGAUUUACUGAAGAGUCUGACCUGCACCACGUCAGUGACGCGAGGAGAGGCCAUCCAGCGACUCCACAACCAGCAGCAGGCUGAAGACGCCAGAGACUCCAUCGCUAAAGUGGCCUACGGUCGCGUGUUCGGAUGGAUCGUCAGUAAAGUCAACGAGCUGCUCGCUCCUAAAGUAGACUGUGAUGUGGAGCUCAAUGAAAUAGGAAUCCUUGACAUUUUUGGCUUUGAAAACUUCGCUGUGAACCGAUUCGAGCAGCUCUGCAUUAAUCUGGCUAACGAACAGCUCCAGUAUUUCUUCAACCAUCACAUUUUUCUGAUGGAGCAGAAAGAAUAUAAAGAGGAAGGCAUCACAUGGGAGACCAUAACCUACAAGGACAACAAACCCAUACUGGACCUGUUCCUCACCAAACCCAUUGGGAUUCUCUCACUGCUGGAUGAGCAGAGUGCCUUUCCUCAGGCCACUGACCGCAAUUUUGUUGACAAGUUAAACAGCAAAUUUAAAACGGCUCCCAACUUUGAGGUUGUGCGAAACCACACCCCUCUGUUCACUAUUGUGCACUACGCUGGGAAGGUGCAGUACAAUGCAAGUGGAUUUCUUGAGAAAAACAGAGACACGAUACCGGCCAACAUUCGCGAGCUCUUCAUCAACAGCGUCACUCCUCUCCUCAGCGUUCUGUUCGCAGCCACAAUUUCCCGAACAGGCACACUAAUGCCACGGAGAGCCAAGUUACAAGUUGCAGAUGACAACUUUAACUCGACCAGGAAGCAGUCCGUCGGUGCACAAUUCAAGCGUUCUCUGGCUGUCCUCAUGGAGAAGAUGUUUGCGGCUGGUCCACACUUUGUUCGGUGCAUCAAACCCAACCGAAGCAAGCAGCCCGAUCAGCUGGACAGUAAACUGGUGAUGGAUCAGCUGAGAUACAACGGCCUGAUGGAAACCAUCCGAAUCCGGCGGGACGGUUUCUCGUGGCGUCCGAAGUUCAGGGAGUUUGCAGAGAGGUACAACAUUCUGCUGCUGAAACCGGAUCUCCCGCUGGACAAAACCAGUUGCAUGUCGAUCCUGAACAGCACUGAACUCUCUGGCUGGAAGUGCGGGUAAGUUUGAGCG